UUUUUUCUAAUUUUUCAUUGACUGCUCUUUCACAGGACUACCAAACGCGGUCUUAGCUUGAUAACAAAAUUGACAGGCGGAGCCAAACUGGAAUGCGAACCUGCGAAGCAAACCUCCCUCUGUCUCCACCAUUGAUGAUGAUCCAGAAUGCCUCUUAAAUCUCCCUGCUCACUCUUCCCUUACCUUAUCAUCCUCUCCCUCAUCUUCCUCUACCAGUAUUCCUCUCUUCUUCCUGUACACACACCCUCUUCUUCAUCACAAUCCACCAAAUCUUCCUCUUCACGAUCCUGCAAUCUCUUCAAUGGCCACUGGGUCCUUGACCCAAAUAGCCCCAAACCCUUCUACGAUGAGACCUGCCCGUUUCACAGGAAUGCCUGGAAUUGCCUCAGGAAUAAGAGAGACAACAUGGGUCUCAUCAAUUCUUGGAGAUGGGUGCCCCUAGACUGCCAUCUCCCCCGGAUAGACCCGUCCCAGUUUUUAGGUCUCAUGAGGAACAGGAAUAUUGGGUUCGUUGGGGAUUCAUUGAACGAGAACUUCUUGGUGUCAUUUUUAUGUAUCCUCAGAGUGGCUGAUUUGGGUGCCAAGAAGUGGAAGAAGAAGGGGGCUUGGAGAGGAGCAUAUUUCCCCAAAUUCAAUGUCACAGUGGGGUAUCACCGGGCAGUAUUGCUCGCUAAGUACAAGUGGCAGCCAACACAGCCUGCAGUUGCUGUUGAAGAUGGAUUGAGAGGAGUAUAUCGGGUAGAUGUUGACGUUCCUGCUGAUGAUUGGGUGAACAUCACCAACUUCUAUGAUGUCCUUGUUUUUAAUACUGGUCAUUGGUGGGGUUAUGAUAAAUUCCCACAAGAGAAACCUCUUGUUUUUUAUCGGGGUGGAAAACCAAUACUUCCUCCGCUUGGGAUGUUGGAUGGACUCAAAGUUGUUCUUGAAAAUAUGGUAUCCUACAUACAGAGAGAAGUACCUGGCGAGGCACUCAAGUUUUGGCGUUUGCAAUCACCAAGGCAUUUUUAUGGUGGGGACUGGAAUCAGAAUGGCAGUUGCUUGUUCAAUGAGCCCCUUGAAGACUUCAAGCUUGACUUGUGGUUUGAGCCCAGGAACAAUGGAGUGAAUAAAGAAGCAAGACAACUGAAUCAUCUUGUAGAAGAGACGUUGCAAGGUACAGAUAUCCGUGUGCUUGAUCUAACUCAUCUGAGUGAAUUCAGAGCAGAUGCACAUCCAGCAAUUUGGUUGGGGAAAAAGGAUGCUGUUGCAGUAUGGGGUCAGGACUGCAUGCAUUGGUGCUUACCGGGUGUACCUGACACAUGGGUUGACAUCUUGACAGAACUGCUUCGUACUAGCUUGGUGACAAUGUGAUGAAGAAAUUUACUGAAUAUGCUGUAAAGGAUGAAAACUUCAUUUGAUGUCGAUGAAUCUCAGAAACUUAGCAUAUGGGUUUCUUGCAUGCGUGGAAUAGACCAAAGUGUGAGAAACUGGAUAUCAGAGUCCAAGGAAGUGCUGCAAGUAUUCCUGGACAUGUUCAUCAAAGCAGGACGGUAAUUUUGAAUCAUGUUGCUCUAAUUGUAAUUUCCAUUGCAAGGAUUUCCUCUUGAGAAAUUAGGUAGAGUAUUGUAACAACAAAUUACAUCUCACAUGAUUCUUUUGUUUUUGAUUGUAAAAAAUAUUUUUGAUUGUUAUAUUAUUAUUUUUGGGCUGGGGGAUUGAGGCUGA